ACUACAAGAGCAAGGAAGCUGAGUUGAAAAGGACAAUUAUCAUAAAGAAUGUAUGUACACAAUUUCGUGAUAUAACAUCACGGCACGGAUUAUCCCUUUUGGAUUAGCUUCACCUUGCAUGAUCUUCUCAUUAUAUAUCAAAUUUCUUGCAAAAUAUUUCAAGAAUCAGUUCUUUCAAGUGUUUUUUAGGUGUUUAAAUUGAGAGUUUUGAUGGGUCAUCAACAUCUUUAAACGGGUCCAAUUACAGUUCAAGUCUUUAAUUAUAGGUUGUUGAUUGCCCCAUUUUGAUGUGAUUGGAUAGGAAGUAAGCUGUCUGCGUGGUUCAUGUUAUUGUGCUAUAGGACAUGUACAAGAGUGGCAUAAAAAUGGAAGAAAGUGAAACUGUUGAAGGCCUUCUCCCCUUGCCAUCUCCAGUUGUUGCUAUAGCUAUCAAUGGAAAUUCAAAUAGUAAAUAUAUAGUUCAGUGGGCACUGGAUAAAUUUGUUCCUGAGGGAAAUGUGUUCAAGUUAUUAUAUGUCCGCCCUAGGAUAACAGCAGUUCCGACCCCAACAGUGGGGAACUUCAUUCCCAUAUCAGAAGUGCGAGACGAUGUAGUUGCUACUUACAUAAAGGAAGUGGAGUGGCAAACUGAUGAAAAGCUUAUUCCUUACAAAAAGAUGUGUGCUCAAAGAAAGGUACAAGUAGAAGUUCUACAAAUCGAAGCAGACGAUGUUGUAAAUGCAAUAGUGGGAGAGGUUGCUAGAUGUAAAAUUAAAAGGCUUGUUAUUGGAGCUUCAUCUCGCGGCAUUUUUUCAAGGGCAAGGCGAUUGUCCUCCAGAAUUUCAGAAGGCACACCAAGCUAUUGCACAGUAUAUGCAAUUUCAAAAGGAAAGCUUUCAUCCGUCCGCCCAUCUGAUUCAGAGACUAGUGGAAAUAUGAAGGAUGACACAAGUGAUACGAGUUGUUCUACCAGCAGUUCUUCACGUUAUAGUUUUAGCUCACAAGCAGAAUGGACAGAGGCAGACUCAGUUAGUCCGUACUCUCAUUUUCGUUCUCCUUCACUACCAAUGCAGAGGCUUCAGGCACUUUCAACUGUGAAUCAAACAUUCUAUCACACAAAAGCCAACUCAGUUAAUUUUGACCAUUCAAGAAACGUGUCAUUUGAUACUGAAAGAACAAGCAAAUUUGCGAGUUCUCGUCCCAGUUAUGAAGACCUGGAUUAUGCAGAACUUUCUAGUAGUAGACACUUGGUGACAGAUAGCAACCAGUUGACGUCUGAGCAAGCUUCAACCUCAAGUGCACCACCGAUAAAAUAUUCAUCAGAGAGCGAGGUCAAUGUUAGCUUUGAGCUGGAAAAAUUGAAAAUUGAGCUAAGACAUAUUCAGGGAAUGUAUGCGCUUGCCCAAAGUGAGACAAUGGAUGCUUCGAGGAAGCUAAAUGAUCUUAACAAACAACGAUUGGAAGAAGCAGUCAAGUUAAGAGAGAUAAAGGAUAAGGAGGAGGAAGCGAGAGAAUUGGCAAAGCAAGAAACAGAAAAAUACAGAGCUGCUAAAACAGAAGCUAAUUAUGUGAAUGAAUGUGCUGAGAGAGAAAUUUUAGAAAGAAAAGAAGCAGAAGGUAGAGCCUUUCGUGAGACUAGGGAGAAAGAAAAGCUUGAAAAAGCCCUAGAUGGAUCUGUGCAACAGUACCAAACAUUUACAUGGGAAGAGAUUGUGUCUGCUACCUUAUCAUUUUCAGAAGAUCUUAGGAUUGGCAUGGGUUCAUAUGGUACUGUCUAUAAGGGCAGUUUGCAUCAUACAACUGCUGCAAUUAAAGUUCUCCACUCCGAGGAGGUUCACAGGACCAAAGAAUUUCUGCAGGAGGUUGAGAUUUUAAGCAAAAUUCGUCAUCCGCAUUUGCUCAUUCUUCUUGGUGCAUGCAUUGAUCAUGGAUGCCUUGUUUACGAAUAUAUGGAGAAUGGUAGUUUGGAAGAAAGAUUAUUCAGGAAAAACAAUACUCCUGCAAUUCCAUGGUUUGAGAGGUAUCGUAUUGCGUGGGAAGUAGCUUCAGCCCUUGUAUUCCUUCACCAUGCAAAGCCAAAACAAGUUAUCCAUCGUGACCUAAAACCAGCAAACAUAUUGCUUGAUCACAAUCUUGUGAGCAAGAUUGGUGAUGUUGGCCUCUCAACAAUGCGCCCACUAGACUCUACAACUAUAUCUACCACAUAUAGAAACACAGGGCCUGUGGGAACCCUUUCCUAUAUCGACCCUGAAUAUCAAAGGACAGGAUUAGUAUCUCCAAAAUCGGAUGUUUAUGCUUUUGGGAUGGUUUUACUGCAGUUGCUGACAGCAAAACCAGCCAUAGCACUAACACAUUUAGUGGAAAAAGCCAUUGAUGAUGAUAAGUUGACAGAGAUGUUGGAUCCAGAGGCCGGAAAUUGGCCAAUAGAAGAGACCAAAGAAUUAGCUCUAUUGGGGCUAAGUUGUGCCGAGCUUCGACGUAGAGACAGGCCGGAUCUGAAAGAUCAUGUUCUUCCAGCAUUAGAGAGAUUAAGAGAUAUUGCUGACAAGGCUCGUGAUUUGGUGUCAAAUGGUCAGACCCCUCCAAGCCACUUCAUAUGUCCCAUACUCAGGGAAGUAAUGGAUGACCCUCAUGUUGCUGCUGAUGGGUACACCUAUGACCUCAAAGCAAUAAAGAAGUGGUUUGAGGAGAAUGAUAAAUCACCAAUGACCAAUAUACCUAUGCCGAGUAAGAGCCUCAUCCCAAAUCAUACACUUUCUUCUGCAAUAAUGGAGUGGAAGGAAGGAAAACAAUAGAACAUUCAGUUUCCUUGAAUAUUCAAUAUUUUUGUACAUGUAGAUUGUAUGUUGUUUUUAGGAGAUGCCUUGUAUAUGUUUAGAAUUUGACACUAGAAUUGGACCAAGUUGCAAUGAUGUGAACCUGAUGAUUGUAUGUAUGCGUGGGGCAAACAAAAUGUUGCACGCGCUGCAUAGGUAUUUUUGAUUUGUAAAAUGUUAAGAAAGUGAGUGUUUUGCCACAGAUAA